UGUACUCAGCAGAUUUUGUGACUGGAAACAUAACAUAAAACAGGUUAGAUAUGGCCAGCAGAUACGCACAAUUUUCUGAGACUGCUCAACUACUUGAUAGUUUAUCUGAUGACGAUCUUCCAGAAGAACAAGAGAGUGAUGUUGACCUUGAGGAAGUUUUGGCUGAGAUGAGAGAGUAUGACAUACAAGAGCCAAGACAGGACAUACUACAACAUAAAGAAGUAUAUAGCAACCAAUCAGGAAGGGCAGACGCCGAUCCAGAUUCUGAUUUAGAAAAUGCUAUUAACCAAUUAAAAGGAAAUGAAAAUUAUCAUGAUAAGAGUUGCUCCAAUUGUUCGAAUCAAAGGAAGGUGAUGAAUGUCUCUAGUUUCAAGAAAGGUCAACACAUAUUAAUGCCAGGGCAAUAUUCGACAAUAUAUGUAGACUUAAAGCGAAGACUUAAGAGGGCGUAUGACCACCAUGCCAUUAUUAAAGACAUUAAAAGUACAAUGGGAACAUGUAUUACAAUGGUCCUUAUACAUUUUACAUAUAAUAAUGGAAAAAUAGGUGUGUAUGAGGAAACCAAAGAGUUUGAUUUGAGAGAAAAAGAUAUAUCCAUUGUAGAUUAUAUUUUCCCAAGAUACAAACCAGACAGAAUUAUUGCAAGAGCAGAAUCCAUUUUGUCACUGAGAGACAAAUUCAAAAAGUAUAAUCUAUUAACAUGCAACUGCGAACAUUUUGCAACUUGGUGUGUUGUAGGAGAAGGCGAAAGUUUCCAAGUUCAAAGUCUGAGACAAAAAAUUAUGGAUGUAGUCGCACGGCUAUUUGGUGCUGGAAGUAAAAUUGCAAAGGGCAUACUCCGUUUGCUUUUCAUUUCAUCAGAUGAAAUUGCUGCAAGUCUUCGUAUGGCAGUACCAGAACUUGUUUUAGGUGGAGCAGGGGCUUUAUAUUUCAUAUAUUGCCUUUUAAUGACAGCAUUUCAUUUUAAAAAUUACAAAAAAGGGCACAUUUGUUGGUCUUGUUUGAAAGGAAAAUUAUUAGACUUAUGGUUGACAUUUGGAGUAUUUGGAGCGACAUCAGCUAUAACUUUUCUACUCUUGCAUUUUGCUGUUGCUGCAAUACCUGGAGUCGCCAUACCAGUGUUGAUUUUACUCAUCUUUUUUUCUGUCGCUUUUCAGAUGGCUGUUCCAAAACUACGAAAAGCCUUGAGCUCCCCAUUUACUGUUGAUCGUGUAAAGGUGACAAGCAUAGAACAAAUAUAUAUUGGUGAUGUCAUAUCACAGCAUUAUCAUCACAUUAACCAUGCGGGUAUUGUUACUAAGGUCAAGAUUACAAAUGACAAACAGACAGAGGGAUAUAUUGGUCUUGUUCAUUAUGGGUCCUCUGGUUGGUUUAAAACGAGACGUAUUGUUGAGGAAUAUUUCAAAAUUAAUGUAGAAACGACAGAUAUUUAUUUAUUGGAUUGCACACCUUUGUCUACAUUUCCAGCGGAUGUUGUUGUUAGUCGAGCCAGAAGUAGAGUCGGCGAAACCAAAUGGAGUACAUUUUCGAAUCGCUCAGAUCAUUUUUCAUUUUGGGCGAAAGUUCAACAGUACGAAAAUAUAAUUUUCGAGGAUACUUGUAAUGACGAAAUUCAAGGACAUUUGUCAAGGGCAGAAGCGACACUUUUAAUAGACAAGAGAGAGAUACAUCAUAUAGAAGAACUACAAAAAGGUGAUGUUGUAAAAGGUACUGAAAUUGGAACAAUUGAUGAUACCGGUAUACUUUCGUCUCUCAGAUAUUUAGAUAGUUCAGAUGGACGCAAAUUCGAAAUAGAGGUGUUCAAAUAUGAUUUUUGUCGUAAUAUAACUCGCAAAACAUAUACCAUUGAUCUGAACAUAGUAAGACUGUACGUGCAAAUAUAUAAUCCAGCACUUUGCCAGUCUAUGGCGCAACGUCUUCAAAACGCCAGGAACAUGGAAGACGAGAAAGGUUCGUGGUUAACGACAAAGGGAUUUAUUCGAUAUUGCCUUGAAAUCAAAUUCAAAGAGAAUAUGCAAGUAACAAGCUUAGGACAGAUAUGCAUUGGUGAUGUCAUAUUACAGCGUUUUAGUUUUCAUGGAAUCAAAUAUAAAAGACAUACAAGUAUCGUUACGGAAAUAGAGAUCUCAAACAACGACAACACAAAGGGGUUUCUUCGUCUUGUUCAUUAUUGUUCUUCUACUUUGUUCGGUACAAGAACGAUAGUCGAGGAAAAAGUUGAAGUUGACUUAGAAAUGUCAGAUUUAUAUUUACAAGACUGCAAAAAGCCUUCUUUUCUACCUGACGUGGUUGUGUCUCGAGCCAGAAGCAGAGUCGGCGAGACAAAAUGGGAUAUGUUCUCUAACCGCUCGCACCAUUUUGCCUAUUGGGCGAAGUAUCAACAAUACGAAAAUGAGAUUAUUGAUGAAACAUGUGAUAUAGACGUCAAAAAAUAUUGUUCAACAACAGAAGCACCACGGUUUAAAGAAAAACGGGAGAUACAUUGCAUAAAAGAUCUUAAAAAAGGUGAUGUUGUUCAAAGCGACGUAAUCGGCAAACUUGAUAAUAUUGGUAUACUUGCGUCAGUUACCAGUAAUAGCUGUGAUAGUUCAAAUAAAAGCAAAUUCGAAAUAGAAGUGUAUACGUAUAAUUUUUCCUGGAAGGUAUCUCGUAAGAAAUAUACCAUUGAUCUAAAAAGGGACAGAUUGUACGUGAAUGUAUAUGAACCUAUGAAAUAUCAGUGUAUGGAACAACGUGUGCUUAACGCCAAAAAGGCAGAAGAUCAUGAGGGAAGCUGGUGGACCACAGAGGGAUUUAUAGAAUAUUGUCUUGGGUUCAAAUCUGGAGAUCGUAUUGCAGUUACUAGUUUAGAUCAGAUAGAUAUUGGGGAUGUCAUAUUUCAGCGUAUCUAUGGAAUUAAAUAUACGACUCAUGCAAGUAUUGUUACCGGAGUUAAAAUUUCAAAUAUCAAACAAACAAAGGGACUCAUUUGUAUAAUUCACUAUGGGUCAUCUCCUUCAUUUUGUACGAAAGAGAUUAUCGAGGAAAAUGUUGAAGUGGAUUUAGAAAAGUCAAAAAUUUAUUUAUUAGAUUGUAAAAGGUCUUCGAAUUCAGCCGACGUUGUUGUAAAUCGAGCUAGAUGCAGAAUAGGUGAGACCAAGUGGAAUAUGUUUUCUAAUCGCUCACACCAUUUUGCAUAUUGGGCGAAAUUUCAAAAGUACGAAAAUGUCAGUAGAGAUGAUGCAUAUGAUGGAGACUUCAGAAUAUCAUCUGCAAGAACAGAAGUAACACAGUUCAAAAAACAGAGAGAGAUACAUCACGAAAAAGAUCUCAGAAAAGGCGAUGUUGUUAAAAGCAAUGUAAUCGGUAUUAUUGAUACUGGUAUACUUACCACAGUAAAAAGUUUAGAUGGUUCGAUUGGACGCAAAUUUGAAAUAGAAGUAUAUAAAUAUAAUUUUUCAUGGACGGUUACUCGCACAAAAUAUACCAUAGAUCUUAAAAAAGACAAUUUGUACGUACAAGUAUACAAUCCUUUAAAUUGUCAGGCAAUGGAUCAACGUCUCCAAAAUGCUCAAUGUUUGGAAGAUCUAAAAGGUUGGUGGUGGACCACAGAGGGAUUUAUUGAUCACUGCAUAAAAAUAAAAUCUUCAGAGGAGGGGAAAGUGACCAGAUUAGAUCAAAUAGGUGUCGGAGAUGUCAUAUCACAGCGUAGUCAUGAAAGCUUAUACCCAAAUCACAUGAAUCAUAAAAGAAUUGUCACUGAAGUCAGGAAUAUAAAUAGGCAAAACACAAAAGGGUGCAUUCGUUUCGUGCAUUAUGGGUACUCUGAUUUAACAGGUAAAAGAAAGGUUGUCGAAGAAGAACUUGAAGUUGAUAUAGAUAAAUCAAGUAUUUAUUUAGUAGACUACAAAACGCCUUCCUUUCCUCCUGGCGAUGUUGUUAGACGAGCCAAAAGCAGAAUAGGUGAGACUAAAUGGGAUAUAAUUUCUAAUCGUUCGGAUCAUUUAGCAAAUUGGGCUAAAUGUCGCCAAAACAAAGAUGAAACAUUUCGCCUAAGAAAACAAAGAGAGGUACAUCACAUGAACGAUCUACAAAAAGGUGAUGUCGUUACAAGCCGUGUAUUUGGGGAAAUUGGUAAUACCGGUAUACUUUCUUCAAUGCGGUAUUUGGAUGAUUCAAAAACGCGCACGUUUGAAAUUGAAGUGUUCACGUAUACCUUUUCAAGGAGAAUAACUCGAAGAAAUUAUACCAUUGAUCUGAAUAAAGACAGAUUGUACGUGAAAUGUUAUGAUCCUGAGAAAUGUACAUCUUUUGAACGACGUCUGCAAAACGCCCGAGACAAAGAAGAAAAGAUUUGUUCGUGGUGGACGACAGCAGGAUUUAUCGAAAAUUGUCUUGAAAUCAAAUCUGGAGAUAAUCGGAAAGUGACCAGAUUAGAUCAGAUAGACAUUGGGGACAUCAUAUAUCAGCGUUUUCAUGGCAUUAAAUAUACAAGUCAGAUGGGUAUUGUUACUGAUGUCAAUAUUAAUAACGAAGACAAAACGAAGGGAUGCAUUCAUCUUAUUCAUUAUAUUUCCUCUGCUCUAUUCGGCACAAAACACAUCAUUGAGGAAAAAGUUGACGUUGAUAUAGAAAUGGAAAACUUAUAUAUACAAGACUGCAAAACCUCUUCUUUUCCACCAAACCAAGUUGUUUGUCGAGCCAGAAGCAGAAUCGGUGAGUCACAACGGGAUAUGUUUUCUAAAAGCUCAAUUCAUUUUGCAUAUUGGGCGAAAUAUCAGCAAUACGAAGAAAAUAUUGUUGAUGAGGACUUCAUUAAAUCAACAUCAAGAUUAGAUGUACCAUUCUUUUUACAAGAGCGAGAGAUUCAUCGCAUACACGAUCUCACAGUAGGUGACGUUGUUAAAAGCAAUGUUAUCGGAAUAAUAGAUAAUACUGGUAUACUUUCUUCGAUUAAGUAUUUGGAGUGUCCAGAUGACCGCAAAUUUGAAAUAGAGGUCUUCACGUAUAGUUUUUGGUGGAGAGUAACUCGGACAAAAAUUAACAUAGAUUUAAACGAAAAUAGAUUGUUCGUAAAAGUAUAUAAUCCUUCAAAAUGUCAGGCAAUGGAGCAACGCGUGCAAAAUGCUCGAGAUAAAGAAAACAAGUUAGGGAAAUGGUUGACGACAGAGGGAUUUAUAAGACAUUGUAUUGAACUCAAAUCGCAAUGAACACUAACACAAAUUAAAUAUGAUGUUGUUUGUACAUUUGUGAGCACUCCAGCUAUCAGACGUUAUGUCUUAGAUGUACAUACAAAUUCGAUUGAAAUUUAACGGGUUCAAAUUUUGUUUUUCCAUUUUGAAAAUACGAUUGAAAGUUUAGUAUCUUGUUAAAGUUAUGUUCACCUA